AGCGCGAGCGAGGAGCGGACGCGGAUUGAGGACGAGUGGGCCGCCCGCGCCCGCAAUGUGCGUGAGGAGUGCGCCGCCGCCCGCGACUCACUCCCGCUGACAAGACUGCAGAAGAACGCCCUCGCCGCCGCCCACGUCGAUGCCAAGUUGGCCGCCCACUACGAGCGCCUCCACCUCAAAGGCCUUCUCGGCGCCCUGGUCUACCUGCCCAAGCGGAACUUCACCUGGUGCAUCAUGCCCAAGGUUGCCUCGACGUCGUGGGCGCUGGCUCUUCUGCAACUCGAGGGCUAUGGCGAGGAGGACCUGCAGGAGACCGGAGAACCCCCACAGGUCGCCCUUCGGAGUCGGCUCAGGCCCGUCCACCCCGACCAAGUGAACACGACCGUGCAGCCGUCCCUCAAGUUCCUCUUCGUCCGGCAUCCGCUCGAGCGCGUCGUCUCCGCCUACAGGAACAAGCUCGAGGACUCUUAUGCAUCCAGCGACGGCGAGUACUUCUACAGGACCUACAGCAGGAGCAUCGUGCAGAGGUUCCGACAGAGGAAGAAGUUCAAGGACCUUCCUCACGCGGACACCGACGACAACCCAGGUGACGGCGAGGACUACCGGAGGGAGCCGACGUUCGAGGAGUUCGUCGACUACCUCAUCAACACGGAGGUGGUGGACUACGACGAGCACUGGAAGCCCAUGUGGCUGCAGUGCCACGUGUGCGACCUCGAGUACGACUACAUCAUCAAAUACGAGGCCUUUCAGGAGGAGAGCGAGUACUUCAUGCGCCUCCUGAAGGAGAGGAAACACCUGCCCGAAAGCUUUGCCAUCCGCUGGGAGAACAAGGGCGGCACCGACAGGGAAGCGACGCUCGAGUACCUGGGCAGGAUUAGCGAGCACAAACUUUGGCUGCUGUACGCGAAAUAUCAACAGGACUUCAACUUUUUCGGUUACACGAUGGAGGGCUACACCAAAUCGAUCCCUCUUGAACUUUCCAUUCACACGAACAAUUUGCAUUAGAUAGCAGCGUGACCUUCAAAACUGUAUUUAUUUUCGAAUUAUAAGAAUAAACAGGUAUUUAUAAA